AUCAGAUGAGUUGUACAUAAACAGUAUUGUGAAGAAUUAAACAUGGCUGCGAGUUUAUAUGUUCUGUAUGAACAUGCCUCUGGUUAUGGAUUAUUCCGAGUCAAAGAGUUUGAAGAAGUGGCAAUGUUACAACCACAGGUGGAAGCCAGUGUUACUGAUGUCAGUAAAUUUAACUCUGUUGUUAAACUGAUUGCCUUUUCACCAUUUAAAAGUGGUACUAAUGCUUUAGAUAAUAUGAAUAGCGUAUCGGAAGGAAUACUUCACGAUGAUUUACGAGUGUUUUUAGAAACCAAUGUACCUAAAUCUACUAAGAAGGAGAAGGUAUUGCUAGGUGUUGGUGAUCCUAGAAUAGGUGCUGCUUCUUCUGAAGAACUUGGUAUUAAAUGUCAACAUGUAGGAGUUGUACAAGAAAUAAUAAGAGGCAUAAGAGUCCAUUUUGCAAAAUUGGUAAAAGGAUUAACAGAGAAAUCAGCUGGUAAAGCCCAGCUUGGAUUAGGACACAGUUAUUCUCGUGCUAAAGUCAAGUUUAACGUAAAUCGAGUAGAUAAUAUGAUCAUACAGAGUAUCAGUUUAUUGGAUCAGUUAGAUAAAGAUGUCAACACUUUCUCCAUGAGAAUCAGAGAGUGGUAUUCCUAUCAUUUCCCAGAAUUGGCCAGAAUUGUUUCAGAUCAUUUCAAAUAUGCCAAACUUGCUAAACUUAUCCGAAAUAGAAAAGAAAUGACACAAGAAAUGGAAGACGAAAUUGAAGAAAUUACGAUGGACAGUUCUGUUACUCAAGCUAUUUUUGAUGCAGCCAAAUCAUCCAUGGGAAUGGAUAUAUCACCGAUAGAUCUAUUAAAUAUAGAGAUGUUUGCUACUCGUGUUAUUGGUUUAUCAGAAUACAGGAAGAAAUUAACCGAAUAUUUACAGGUUAAAAUGCAGCAAGUUGCUCCUAACUUAGCUACAUUAAUUGGUGAUCAGAUUGGUGCUCGUCUCAUAGCUCAUUCUGGAAGUUUGACAAAUUUAGCUAAAUAUCCAGCUUCUACAGUACAGAUUCUUGGAGCAGAAAAAGCUUUAUUCAGGGCUUUAAAGACAAAAGGAAAUACACCCAAAUAUGGUCUUAUAUUUCAUUCCACAUUUAUUGGUCGAGCUCUAGCCAGGAAUAAAGGAAGGAUUUCACGUUAUUUAGCUAAUAAAUGUUCUAUUGCAUCAAGAAUUGAUUGCUUUGCAGAAUAUCCGACAACUGUUUUUGGAGAACACUUAAAGACACAGGUUGAAGAUCGAUUAAAAUUCUAUGAAAGCGGAGAUGUACCAACUAAAAAUGUUGAUGUUAUGAAAGUAGCUGUAGAUGAGGCUGUUAUUGUUCAAAAGAAACUUGCUAAGAAAGAACGAAAGAGAAGGAGAAGUGAAGCUGCCAUGGAAACGACCCUGAAUACAACAAUGGAAACAACCGUGGAAGAGGAAGAACCAACUAAAAAGAAGAAGAAGAAAAAGAAGAAGAAGGCUGAUGAUGAAGAAGAGAUGGAGACUAGUGUUGCUAUGGAUACCACAGCUGACCUUGAGGAAGAAACACCAUCUAAAAAACCCAAAAAGAAGAAGAAAAAGAAGCAGUCUGAUGAUUAGAAAAAGCCAAGAUUGAAAAUAAACUUUAAAGCCUUCUAAUUCUAUAUUAUUGUUUUAUGAGGGACGAUUUAUUUCAUUAAUGCAUGUUUACAUGCUAAACUGUAUGUAGGGCCAUAUAAGAAGAAUGAUAGGGGUCUGACAUAGACAUUUUACCUGUUCCCCAAUCUCCCAUUCAUUUAUAGUGAAUAAAAUAUGUAUUAAUUAAAAAAAAUAAGAAAAAUAUUAUGGCUCUCAGGCAAUCGUCAAAAAAAAAAUUGAUGCAGAAGGGAGGUUUUUAUUUUUGUUUUGUUAAAUAUUUGUGUUACUAAAUGACUUAUCACAAACAUCAUAUUUAACCAGAGUCAACUUUAGAGGGUUUUUUUUUUUAAACAAUUGUGUUACUAAAUGAUUUAUUACAAACAUCACAUUUAAGCAGAGAGAUGGAGACAAGGUUAGAUUGUCUGGUGCCAUUUAUGAUUGCCAAUAACAUUUAUUAGGUGUGUGUAACACCUGAGAAAUAUUAAAGCAUGGCAACCAGAAUAUUUUUUUAUAUGGCCUAGAAUAAAUUAUUAGAGAAAUUGUAUCAGUCUUGAUUAAAACGCAGAUCCUAUGUAAUAUUUUAUAGUUGAAAGCCUGGCCCCCGAGUUCACAAAGCAUUCUCAGACUGAAGUUAAAAAUUUACUCAAAAUUCUAAGCCUUUUUUUAACUAAAAAAUAGUCCUGAUAUAUAGUCCUUUAUAAAACAUUUGUUGUUUUAAUGUAUCAAAUACAUCAAUAAGAAAGUAUGUGCAAAGAUUUUUCUCAUAAACAGUCUGAGAAUGUCUUCUUUGAUUGGCAUUUAGUAAUUGAACAUAUUAACACACGGUACAAUUUUAUGGAUACACAAUUACAGAGUUUAAUAUCAUUUGCUUGAUAAAGACGAGAGUAUCCUCCCUUAAACAUCUCUUAAUAUUAAAUUCAGUAAUUGUGUAUCCAUAAAAUUGUACCUUGUGUUAGUCUGAGAAUGCUUUGUGAACUCCGGGGACCUGAUUGAUAAAAGAAAAAAAGUGUUGUAUGAAAAUAGUGCUUUAUAUUUGUUAAUAGAAACUAGCGAAGAAAAAAACCCAGCAAUUAUGAAGCAAAGAUAAGAAAACAGAUUUGUAUGGUAGUUUGAUCAGACUGUAUUUGUAUGUGAAAAGAUUUUAUUCCGAAAAGUGGAAUAUGAAAUCUGUAAAUAAUAAUAAUGCAUUUUAUAGUUUAAACAUACAUUAUGUAAGAGAUAAAUCUGCCUAUUGCAGGUCUUUCUUUAGGCCUGAAAUGUUAUCUAAAUUAUUUAUUAGACAUUAAUUAACUUAUCCAGACCAUAAUCAACUCUCGAUGGCAUCAGAUUUCUCCGAUAUUAAAUAAAUGAGAACAGUUCAGCCAUAUUUUGAUUUAAGAUAAAAAUGGAGAAGUGCGGCUUAGCUCCGAACAACUAGUAUGGUGGUUGAAAUUAUUGCACACAUCUUGUCAAGGCUAAUAUCUUCGCUCGCAAUAAAGUAAUUUGAUUGAAAUUUUCAAAUUAUUCAUUUUACAUUAUUUAUUUUCAAACUAUUAUAAAAAGAAUGGCUAGCCUCUAUCUAAAUCUUACAUAAUGUAUCUUAUUAAAAAUCCAGUAGAGGAUUUUGAUAUUGUUUUAGAUGAUGAAACAAUAAUUUAAUAAUUCAUACAAAUGAAUUAAUUUUAUAACUGGUAGAAAUUGUAUUCUUUCAAAAUUUGACUACUAGUUAAAUUUUAAAAAUGUACAUUAUUUCAUCAGACACAUUAAUGUCAUGUAGUCAAGAGAUAUCAUCAAAGAAUCAUACCGUCAAAAUGUAUAUGACAAAAAUAGUGACAAUAAAUUAUAAUGUCAA